AUGAAUAAUUCAGAUAGUAUCAAUAAUAAUAAAUUAAAUGAUAGUUUGAAAAAUAAUGAAAAUAAUGUGAAUCACACAUUUUCUCUUUUUGAAAAUGACAACUUCGAAAUAAAUAAAAGUGAAGAUGAAUAUGUUUCAAUAGAGGACGAUAUAAUAGAAGAUGAAAAUGAAUUAAGUGACGAUGAAGGAAUAAACUAUGAUGAUGCUAUUAGUGAUAAUAUAACCGAUGAUGAUAUGAAUAAUGAUUAUAUGAGUGAUGACGAAGAUAAUUAUAAAAAAAAAAGGAACGAACAUUAUACUGAAAAAGAUAAUAUGUUAAAAAUGUCAAAAGAAGAAAAAGAACAAGAAAACGAAAUAUUUUUGAAAGAAGAAAAUGGAAUGAAUGAAAAUAUAAAAGAAGAGAAGAACAUAGAUGUAAAUAUUAUAGGUUUAAAAAAAAGAAUGAAAAAAAAAUACAUAAAUAAAAGAGAAAAUAUAUAUUAUGAUGAAAUAGGAGUAUAUAAAAAUAAUAAAGUUAUGAAAAAUGAGGAUAUAGAAGAUCGAAUGAAAUACUUACUAUUAUUAAUAAGUAAUGCAAGAAAAAGUAAUAUAAAACUGGAGAAAUCUACAAUAAUAAAAGAGCUGCUUUUUUAUUAUUCUUAUUAUUAUGAAUAUUCAAAGGAAAUGAUAAAAUAUUUAAAUUAUUUAUUUGAUGUAAAAGAGUUAUAUCUAUUUCUUGAGUUAAAUAAUAUGCCAAAAGAAAUACAUUUAAGAACGAAUACUUUAAAAAUAACAAGAAGUAAUUUAAUAAAAAUUUUAAAAAAUCAAAAUAUUUCAGUUGAAGAAGGGGACAAAUGGAACAAUGUAGGUAUUGUACUAAAUGACUUAAAUUCUAAUGUUGGAUCAUUAAACGAAUAUUUAUAUGGAUAUUAUAUGAUUCAGUCAUCUUCUUCUUUUAUUCCAGUUUUAGAAUUAAAUAUUCAAGAAAAUGAUUUAGUAUUAGAUAUGUGUGCAGCACCAGGAGGAAAAUGUACUUUCAUUUGUGCUAUUAAAAAAAAUAAAGGAGUUGUAUAUGCAAAUGAUAUAAAUAAAUUCAGAUGUAAAGCUAUAGAAGCACAGGCUUCAAGAAUGGGAAUAAAUAAUUUAAUAAUAACAUGCAUAGAUGCAUUAAAAAUUCAUAAGCAUCUCACUUUUCAAUUUGAUAAAAUUUUAUUGGAUGCUCCUUGUAGUGGUACAGGUGUUGUUAACAAAAAUAAAAGUGCUAGAAGAAAAUCAAUUAAAGAAAUAAGAGAAUUAGCUCAAAAACAAAGAAAGCUAUUAAAUAAUGCAAUUAAUCUUUUAAAAAAUGGGGGUAUUAUUGUUUACUCUACAUGUAGUAUUACUGUUGAAGAAAAUGAACAAGUCAUAAAUUAUAUAUUAAAAAAAAGAGAUGUAAAUUUAUUACCAAUAGAUAUAAAUAUUGGAGAUCCUGGUAUAACUCAUUAUAAAAAAAAACAAUUUUCAAGUAAAAUAUCUUUAUGCAAAAGAAUUUAUUUACAUAAACAUAACCAUGAUAAUUUCUUUGUUGCAAAACUUAUAAAAAGAUCAGAUGCAAUCUUUGAUAAAAAUAAAUCUAUUAUAAAUAAAAAAGAAAAAAAUUCAGAAAAAAAGGAGAGCAUAAAUCUCAAAAAAAGUAGCAAAAAGAAUAUCAAUAUUACAAAAGAAAAUAGUUCAUUCCAUAAGAAAAAUAAAAAAAUGAAUCAUGAUAAUCAAUUAAAUAAUAAUAAAGAAGUAAAAAAGAGUGUAAAAUUUAACAACAAAAAAAAAGAAAAGCAUUCUAAUAAACUAUAUGAUAAAAAAAAAAUAAAGAAAAAUCACUUAAAUGAUAAAAAAAAUAAAAAAAUCAUAUUUAAAGAAAAAGAAGAAAAUGAAAAAGAAAAAAAAGUAAAAAACAAAAAAAAUAAAAUAUAUAAUAAUAAUACUAAAAGUGAAAAUAAAAAUACUUUAUUAAAUGAAUCAGAACAGAUAUAUUCAAAAAAAGAAAAUAGAAAAAAUAAUAAUGCAAAGAAUAAUUUAAGUAUCAAAGAUAAAAAAAUUCAAAAAAAAUUUGUUAAAAAUAAAAAGAACAUAUUAAAUAAAAAAAAUGUAAAUUGA